AGUCGCUCCGUCCGCGUCGCACUGCUCGCUACAGCCGAGUGCCGCACACAAACACGCACGUCACAUUAUUCACAGCUCGCUCGCUCGUGGUCUAUACAUAAUAAUAUUCAGUGCCACUACACGCCGUCGACGCGCGUCCUACGCCGAAAACCGGAAAGGAUAACUUCUAUAGUUUAUAAAUUCACAGAAGAUAUCAAACUGUUGACUAUAAAAGUAUAAAACAUAUAUAAUAUGUCAAUGAAAUUUAAUGUGUUGAUUUUAUUUUCAAUUAUUGUACAAGUUUCUCUUUCGAUAAUAACUAUGGCCGAUAAUCCCGCGGUAUCAAGUUUGUUGUUAUUUGAUUUUCAAAAUGUAACCGAUUUAAAUAGCUGGACAGAACAAUCUGACACUGUAAGAUCAGCAGGAAGGUCAAAAGCAUCAUUUGACUUAUAUAAAACUCAAACUAAACAGUCUGCAAUCUUAUUCACAUUGCUAAAUCCACUACCAAACGGUGCAUGUUUCGGUGGCGUCCGUACAGUAACACAACUAAACCUUGAUGGAUAUGAAUAUUUAUCAUUUUUAUGCAAAACCACAGGAAAUGCCACUACAUAUAAAAUUAUUUUAAGGCACAAUAAUAUGAACGACGAGCCAAACCCAACUUUUGAACAAAAAUUUAAGGUUAACACUGAUUCAGAUACCACAGUAAAAAUGCCAAUUUCACAAUUCAAACCCUAUUAUAGAGGUAAAAUAAUAAAUGAUGGACCUACAUUAAAUGUGAAAAAUAUUACCUCAUUUGGCAUUCAAGUAGCUGGUGGCGUUUAUGAAAAUUUUAAACAGUCAGGCUUAUCAUCAUUAGUGGUGGAUCAAAUAUGGGCAGAGCCUUACGGAGAUGCAAAAUGAACAAUUUUACGUCAUCAAUUAUGACUUAAACAAUACGAAUUUCGGUCAACCAUAAUACUUAUGACUUAUUGGAUAUUAUAUUUUUAUGUGGACAAUUAAAACAUAUUGUAGAGUA